AUGCAAGGACUUGACCUGAUCCUACGGUGGAAGGUGCAGCUUGUGAAACGGGGCGUUUUGGGCAAUGUGAUGCAUUGGGGUGUGAGGGGAGAGAGUGGGGGUGGAGACGAAGCGCGUGGUAGCGCGUGGGGAAGUAGGUGGGAAGGGAAUGGAGUUUGUUGGAACAUGGGAGCCAUGCUGGCAAGAAGGGACUUGUUGUGUCGGGUUGGUACUAAGAGUGGAUAA